GAGAAAUUCUUGAGUGAGGGAAAGCAAAAGAGAUGCAAACUUUGCUUGUCAUGUUAUGAAGUGGGGAAAAAUGUUGAAAAGGAAUAUAAUCUGGAUUAUAUUUCAAAGUUAUUGACAUUCUAAGUAACUUUGAAAAGUUAGCAAUUUGAAAAAUUAGAUCGAAGCCCAAUAAUGUCUGAUAUUUGUGUGACUUUGUAGGAUUUCAUAACCUGCAUCGAAAUGCUUUUUGUGGCAAUUGGAUGUCAUUAUUUUUUUUCUUACAAGCCUUAUAAAAAAGAAGGAGAGGAAGGCUCAUUCUUCGACUCCUUCCUAGCAAUGUUUGAUGUGUCUGAUAUCAGAGAUGAUAUUUCGGACAUAAUGGGACAUUUUGGAAGAACAACGCGAGGUUAUCCCAAAAAAGAUGUUUGCCUGAAGACCCAGAGCAUACUGAACAUACAAGUCGGCUUACCUCAUCACCACGCGAUGAAGGUUCUCCAGGCUCAAAGACAUCCUCACCCCAGGGCGAGUAUCGGGGCUUUGGAAAUGAAUACACCCCAGAAUGCAGCUGUUGCAUUCCAUCUGGGUGAACACAUCAUUAUUGACAUCCCAGGUGAGAAGGAUUCUCCUGACGAUUCAGGCAAAUAUCUAGACGAGAGAUGGCUCAGAGGUUAAGAGCAUUGCCUGCUCUUUCAAAGGUCCUGAGUUCAAUUCCCAGCAACCACAUGGUGGCUCACAACCAUCUGUAAUGGGGUCUGGUGCCCUCUGCUGG